UCUUCCUCUCGGGAUCUCUCCGACGAAAUCGACCGCCUACUCGAGACCUACCUCUCCCUCCUCGACCAAUACACUACUCUCCGCGCUCAACUUAGCGCGCAACAGAUAUCCACCCAGCAGAACCUCGCGCGAGCAAAGUUCCAUGCCCCGCUCGGCGUCCACUACGGCGAGUCCAUGUACGAUGGCCGCAUGCAGGCACAGCGAAGAUGUGUAUGUCGUGAGACGACGACGCUGGAUAUCGUUGCUGUAGAAUCGGCUGCUUGUUCCGAGGAAGGGGACACGACGUCUGCGGGGAACGAGAAUGGCGUGCAGGAAAAGAUAGCUAGGAGGGAUCCUAUACGGAUGUUUGGACUUCUGGUUCCCGAGGCGUUGAGGAGGGCGCAUGGCGAUGCGGUUGUGAUGGUUGAAAGGAUUGUGCCGGAGAUUUGUCGUGUGGAUAGGGAGAUGGGGGAGUUGGAGAUUAGGAUACGGAGGGCGAGGAAGUAUAGGGCUAAGGCAGAGGAGAGGGAGAUGAAG